CUCCAUCUUUACCUGAUUCUUGAGCCGCACGCUGUCCGAUAUUCAGAACUGGUGAUUGUACCUCGACGUCUCUUCUCUGUUCAAAUCCCCUGCACAAGUCUUCUCUGCGUGCUGGCUAACUUUUUGCUGGUUGUUAUUUGCAGAAAGAAAGACUGCUUACUCUAAAUUGGACUCAUCGAGCUCUUCUGCAGCAUGUCGGAAUUCAAACCCGUCUCCGGCGGCAUCAAGAUAGCAAUCGACCGCGGCGGAACAUUCACAGACUGCAUAGGCUCGCACCCGGACCGCGACGACGUCGUCAUCAAACUCUUGUCGGUCGACCCGGCGAACUACGACGAUGCGCCGCGAGAGGCGAUUCGGCGCGUGCUGGAGUGCUAUACCGGCAGGAAAAUCGGGCGCGAUGAAAAACUUGAUACUAGUUUGAUUGAAUCGAUCAGAAUGGGUACGACCGUGGCCACCAACGCUCUUCUGGAGCGCAAAGGCCAACGCUGCGCAAUGGUGACCACCCGCGGCUUUGCCGACUGUCUCGUGAUUGGCAACCAAUCCCGGCCCAAGAUCUUUGACAUUGCGAUCCACAAGCCCGACGUGCUGUACGAAAAAGUAGUCGAGAUCGACGAGCGCGUCACGCUAGAGGAUUACACCGAGCACCCGGAUAAGUUCAAGACGAAAGAUGUGUCGACAGAUAGCGAUCUCGUCGUCGGACUUUCGGGCGAGGUCGUGCGGAUCCUGGAACGGCCUGAGGCGGCGAAGAUUGAAGCUGCGCUUCGGGCAUUGUAUGACGAAGGGUUCCGCAGCAUCGCAGUCUGUCUUGUUCACUCGUAUACUUUUCCCGACCACGAAAAGCUCGUUGGCGAGAUUGCGCGCAAGAUCGGGUUCGAGCAUAUUUCGCUGUCGAGUCAACUCAUGCCGAUGAUCAAGCUCGUUCCGCGAUCGACGUCCGCGACUGCAGAUGCAUACUUGACUCCCGAAAUCAAAAAGUACAUUGACGGGUUCCAGAAAGGGUUUGCCGGCGGUCUGGGCACUGCGUCGGCAAUGCAGGGAUCCGGGGCUCGGUGCGAGUUUAUGCAGUCUGACGGUGGUCUUGUUGACGUUGACUCGUUCUCUGGUCUUCGAGCGAUCUUGUCUGGUCCGGCAGGUGGUGUGGUCGGCUAUGCGCUCACCUCUUACGACCCGCGGACAAAGAUCCCCGUCAUUGGUUUCGACAUGGGCGGAACCUCGACUGAUGUCUCUAGAUACGGCGAAGGGCGCUACGAGCACGUGUUUGAGACCACCACCGCCGGCGUCACGAUCCAGAGCCCGCAGCUGGAUAUCAACACCGUUGCUGCUGGCGGUGGAUCCCAGUUGUUUUGGCGAAACGGGCUGUUUGUCGUCGGCCCGGACAGUGCUGCUGCGCAUCCUGGUCCGGCUUGCUACCGAAAGGGCGGCCCUUUGACCGUCACCGAUGCGAACCUCUAUCUCGGCCGGCUGCUACCAGAGUUUUUCCCGAAAAUCUUCGGACCAAACGAAGACGAAGGCCUGGACUACACGGCCUCGGAAUCCCUCUUUGCAAAACUGACCGAGCAAAUCAACUCCGAGAUCGUCGCCCCGGCAAAGCAAAUGUCGGUCGACGAGGUCGCCUACGGGUUCAUCAAGGUCGCGAACGAGACCAUGAUCAGACCGAUCCGCACGCUGACCGAGGCUAAAGGGUACGAUACCUCUGCGCAUCGACUUGCGACGUUUGGUGGUGCGGGAGGACAGCACGCGGUCGCGAUCGCGGAGGCGCUUGGGAUCAGGCAGAUCUUGGUUCACAAGUAUUCUUCUGUCUUGUCUGCGUACGGCAUGGCGCUCGCGGAUGUGGUGCAGGAAGUCCAGGAGCCGAGUUCGAUCGCGUUUACUGCCACGACUCGAGACUCGUUCGUCAAGCGAUUUGCCGAGCUGCGCAAGCGCGCCGCCGUAUCGCUUUACGACCAGGGGUUCUCGGACGAGACGAUCGAGUUUGAGCUUUAUCUCAAUAUGAGGUAUCAGGGGACCGAGUCUGCGCUGAUGAUUAUCAAGCCUGAACAGAACUGGGACUUUGAGAAGCCGUUUGUAGCGCAGCAUAUGCAGGAGUUCGGAUUCAUUCUGCCGAACCGGGAUAUCAUUGUCGAUGACAUCCGAGUGCGCGGAAUCGGUAAGAGUUUCCAGACAAGCGAGAAGUCUGUUGACGAGCAGCUCAAGUCGCUUGCGACGCGGCCGGUGAACGUGGCCGAGAAAUCGCUCAUGACAAAGUCGGUUUAUUUUGAAGGCGGAAGAGUCCACACGCCGAUUUUCAAGAUUGAAGAUCUACAGAUUGGCGAUAAGGUCGCCGGACCUGCGAUCUUGGCCGACGGUACGCAGACGAUUGUGGUGCCUCCGAACAGUACCGCUGUUUUAAUUGAAACUCACGUGGUGAUCAACAUCGGCGACGAGGACAGCGACGGCACCAGCGCAAAGAAAGAUAUCUCGACCGGCCGCGUCGACCCGAUCACGCUCUCGAUCUUUGGCCAUCGGUUCAUGGCGAUCGCAGAGCAAAUGGGCCGCGCGCUGCAGAAAACGAGUGUGUCGACGAACGUCAAGGAGAGACUGGAUUACUCGUGUGCUCUGUUUGACGCCAACGGCGGACUUGUAGCUAACGCGCCGCAUUUGCCUGUACAUUUGGGAUCCAUGUCGACGGCGGUCCGGAUGCAGGCUGAGAUCUGGAAAGGGAGAUUGAAGAAGGGGGAUGUUGUCGUGUCGAAUCAUCCUACUACUGGUGGCACUCAUCUGCCAGACAUCACCGUGAUCACCCCCGCCUUCCACGGCGACAAGAUUGUGUUUUACGUCGCCUCUCGAGCCCAUCACGCUGACAUUGGUGGUAUCCUCCCUGGCUCGAUGCCGCCCAACUCGCGCGAGCUCUACCAGGAAGGCGCCGCGAUCUUGAGCGAGAAGCUAGUAAGCGAGGGCCGCUUCAACGAAGAGCGAAUCACGCAGCUCUUGCUGGACGAGCCGGCACAGUAUCCCGGGUGCUCCGGCACGCGCUGUUUGCCGGACAACAUCAACGAUCUCAAGGCGCAGGUUGCGGCGAAUCAGAAGGGUAUCAAUUUGAUUGAUAGUUUGAUUGACGAGUAUGGCGAGGACGUCGUGCAGUUCUAUAUGGUUGCGAUCCAGGAGAACGCGGAGCUUUCGGUGCGGAAUCUGCUCAAGCAGGUCAGCAAGCGGUUCGAAGGCAAGACGCUCAAGGCGGUCGAUUAUAUGGACGACGGCUCGCCUAUCUGUCUCGAGAUCAAGAUCAAUGCUGAGGAGGGUACUGCCGUCUUUGAUUUCACCGGAACUGGGCCUGAGAUGUACGGCAACAUGAACGCGCCCGAGGCCGUCACAUACAGCGCAAUCAUCUACUGCUUGCGCUGCAUGAUCACCGAGGACAUCCCGCUCAACCAAGGCUGUCUGCGCCCUGUCGAUGUGGUCAUUCCCAAGGACUCAUUCCUAAGCCCGUCCGCGGCAGCCGCAGUCGUCGGCGGCAACGUCCUCACCAGCCAGCGCGUCACCGACGUCAUCUUCCACGCGUUCGAAGCCUGCGCCGCGUCGCAAGGCGACUGCAACAACCUCACUUUCGGCAUCGGCGGCAAGAACGCCGAGACCGGCGAGCAAGUCCGCGGCUGGGGAUACUACGAGACCAUCGCCGGCGGCAGCGGCGCGGGUCCAACCUGGCACGGCACCUCGGGCGUGCACACGCACAUGACAAACACGCGCAUCACCGACGCCGAGAUCUUUGAGCGGCGGUACCCGGUUCUCUUGCGCGAGUUCUCGAUCCGCAAGGGUUCAGGCGGGAACGGGCAGCACCGCGGCGGCGACGGCGUCGUUCGAGAUAUCGAAUUCCGCGUGCCGGUGCAGUGCUCGAUCCUCUCCGAGCGACGCGUGUACCAUCCCUACGGUCUCGCCGGCGGCGAGGACGCGGCCUGCGGACUGAACCUGUGGAUCCGGCAUCUCGACGACGGCAAGGGUGGCAUCCUACAGCGCAAGAUUAAUCUGGGAGGAAAGAAUACCGCGUACAUGAAAGCGGGUGACCGGGUGAUUAUCUGCACGCCUGGAGGGGGCGGAUGGGGACCUGCGCAUAUGGAGGAGGAUACGGCGAACAGAGCUGUGGAUCCCAGGUCGACGUGGCGAGGACAGGGUACGGCUGCUAACUACGCUGCGAUCCAGGAGUCUGCGAGUUAGUCUGCAGUCUCCUCUUUUAAGCUAUCUAUAGGUAGUAAUUUCUAUUUUUUCUGGUGAUAGAUUAGACAAUAGUAGUAAGAGC